UACCUAUUUCAGUUUUACCUGGAACUUUCGAGCGAUACCGUCUCCAAAUUUCUUCACUCUGUUAUUGUUUACACCACAUAGUCCACUCGCGUACACGUAGUCGAUAGGGUGCGAAAGUUGAUUUCACCGCGCAGUUUCGUGCCGUUUCACCCGUGGGCACAUCGAGUUCGACCAAUUAUCCUUGAUUAGCGCGGCAAACAUGAGCGCGCCCGAAAUAAUCGUCUCCGCGAACACGUCCCUAGGGGACCUCUCGGUGUGCUCGACUUCCAUCACCGAGGAAAUACAGCAGUGGAAAAGAAAAUUCCUCGACCUGAGCAUGAGGGAACAGAUGAUCAGUGCAGAGUUCAACGAGUACCAGAAGAGCUCGACGGCCUACGAGCAGGAAAUGGAGGUGCUGUUCAAGCAAACGGAGACGGUGGCCGACCACUUGCGGCGCAUCAACAAGGACCUGGAGGGCAAAAACAAGACCAUCAAGGACAAACUGAAAUCCCUGAACGUCUUCGUUGACGAGCUACAAACCGAGUUACGGCUGGUCAAAGUAGACAACGAAAAACUCUCGGAGCGCAACGUAACUUUGGAGAUGGACAACGACAGGCUCGAGCGCACCAACAGGGAAUUGAAAGUUGUGGCGGAGGAGAAGGAUCGGCAGUUGAACGAGACCAUUGAGAAACUGGCCCUGCUCGAGACGGACUUGGAAAAGAAUUUCAACUGCUACGAAACCAUUCAGCGGUUGAAGGACGAGAAUAGAGAUCUGUUGACCCACUUGACGAUAGAACAGCGCUACCGGAAGAGCACCGGCCCGAACGACGAGACGGACAACAGCCUCGAGGCCUUUGCGGGUCUCAGUUUCCAAGAGCGCGUCAAGCUGAUCGAACGAAAACUCACCAGCCGUAAAAGCCUCAACGAAUUGAAAAGCAAAUCGGGUGACGAAGAGAGGAGGAAAUCGAAAUUCGACGCCGAGAAGGGCCAACUCGGCAUGCAGAUCGGUACAAGGCACAACUUCAGGGCAGUGAUAGACGAGCUGAGGGACGCCGAACCUUUGCCGAAAAAACCUCGCAAUCGCUGGCCAUUUAAGAAAAAGCCAUUGUCCACCUGCACCGUCGAGGAGUACUUUUUGAAACAAUCGACUUGCGAGCCUCAGCGCAAAAAGAAGAAAAGCAUCCUCGGUUGGACUCGCAUAAAGAGCACCAUUUUCAAGCCAGAGGCCAAGGACUUGUGCAAAAGUACCGCCAUCCUCAUCGACAAGUGAAAUAUUUGGGAUGCAUGAUUUUCGU